UAAUUUUUCUCUACCAAUUCCAUUUGAUUUCUAAAAAAACAUUAUUCACCUAACUAAACUCUCUGUUUGUCUCUGAAUCUCCAUCUGAACCUCACUCUCACUCAACUUUUAGGGCUUUAUCAACACAUUCUCUACCUCAAAUGGCAUUAUUUUGAACAAUAAUGGCGGCUUCGGCUUCUUCUAGAGGAUUCACAGCGCCCAUAAGGGCGGCUAAGCUGCCCAGAGUUGAGGUAUUGCCCACAUUACGUAAUGGGUUUGUGGAAUUUCGAAGGAAGAAGAGGAGUAGUACCGGAGGUUUCUUCAGUAUAAAGUGUUGUUGUUCAGACUCUGUAGUGCCAAUUAGAGGUGGCAGUGGUUCGGGGAAUGGUGUUGAUAAAGGUGAUGAUUUUAGGUUGGAUUCUAAGAAGAUCAGUACUAAUUAUAUGAGGAUUCAAGCUUCUUCGGCAAUGCCCUUUGCAUCUCCUCAGUCUAGAUUUGUUUCAAAGCCUGAAAAAUUCUUUUCUCGAUGCACCCCAAGAAAUUCAGGCCCUAAGUCCCGUGACUCUCCACCAAAACGAGACACGGGUAUUGCUAAUGAGAAAGAUUGGGGUAUCAGUCUGCUAAAUGAUAAUGUCAAUGAAACUGGAGUAAACGAAGACGGCAGUACAUGGUAUCGGGAGAGUGGGGAAGAUCUCGGUGACAAUGGAUACCGAUGCCGAUGGACAAGGAUGGGUGGUCAGAGCAGUGAUGGUACCUUAGAAUGGAAAGAAACGUGGUGGGAGAAAAGUGAUUGGACCGGAUACAAAGAACUCGGUGUUGAGAAAUCCGGGAAAAAUGUUGAAGGGGACGCAUGGUGGGAAACAUGGCGGGAAGUUCUUCACCAAGAUGAAUGGAGUAAUCUUGCUAGGAUUGAAAGGAGUGCACAAAAACAAGCAAAAUCAGGCACUGAGAACUCUGGAUGGUAUGAAAAUUGGUGGGAAAAGUAUGAUGCGAAGGGUUGGACAGAGAAAGGGGCCCACAAAUAUGGCAGAUUAAAUGAACAAUCGUGGUGGGAGAAAUGGGGAGAACAUUAUGAUGGAAGAGGAUCUGUUCUUAAAUGGACAGACAAGUGGGCAGAAACUGAGCUUGGAACAAAAUGGGGAGACAAGUGGGAAGAGAAAUUUUUUGCGGGAAUUGGUUCACGACAAGGGGAAACAUGGCAUGUGUCACCCAUCGGUGAUAGAUGGUCCCGGACAUGGGGAGAAGAGCACUUUGGAAAUGGCAAAGUGCACAAGUAUGGCAAGAGCACAACAGGUGAAAGUUGGGACAUCGUUGUGGAUGAAGGAACUUAUUAUGAGGCUGAACCUCACUACGGAUGGGCAGAUGUUGUAGGCAAUUCAACCCAGUUAUUGUCAAUCCAACCUCGAGAAAGACCGCCCGGUGUGUUCCCAAAUAUGGAUUUUGGUCCAUCUACGCCUCCAGAAGAUGAGUUGCCUCCCAACUUGUCACAAUGACAAGCUGAUUUUGUUUUGAAACAAGGUUGAUGUUGAAUGUUGGUAGUUGGCAAAUUUUCAGAUUUUGAUUGUAAUUGUUAAUUCUAAUGUAACAAAACAUACUUUGCCUAUU